AUGGAAGAAGCAAUGACGGAUCAUGAACAAGACUACGAUACUACACCGAUAGAAGAGAGCACACGACGACGUGAAGAAUUACCACGCACGGCGCCAAGACUCCUCAAGAGGGACGGCGAAGAAGAAUGGAUGUUUCGUCCAGUAAACAAGCAGCGAGCUGUAGUGCGCUAUGAACAAGAGUUCGCAAACAUGAGGCGUGGCGAAUUUACUGCCGAUGACUAUGAAAAUGACAAAGGGUCGUUCUGUUUCAACAUUGCUGACAAUACAAAAAGCACAGCUACGUACGAAGAAGCCAAGAAGAUCAAGUACAAGAAUGAUUGGCUCAAAGCAAUGAAAAGCGAAAUUAUAGCAUGGGGUCACAAGAAGAUACAACUUUUUUUGCGGACGCGUAUGGAGACUGUUGAAGAGAAUCGCCGAAUCUCGUCGGAUUUGAAAAGUCGGGUCGCCCUAGCUGGUCCUGCUAAAAUGGCAAGACGUUUUGUCGUCUAUAUGGAAGAACUUGCGGCUUGA